GGGAAAGGAGGCGUGUCCUUCGUCAAUACGGGUGCGGAAGAAAUAAGACUGAAUAAACUUAAGAGCUGCUUAUUACCUGAUUCCUGUUAACGUUUUCGGAGGUUUCACGUUGAUACUUAUCCGUGUUUUUCAGCUUUAAAGCUUGGCUGCCAGCAUGGCACAGAAGGUGCUUGUGACAGGGGGAGCAGGUUAUAUUGGCAGUCACUGUGUGGUGGAGCUGAUCGAGGCGGGGUAUCAGCCUGUCGUCAUCGACAACUUCAGCAAUGCUGUUCGAGGAGAAAACGGUGUCCCUGAGAGUCUCCGCAGGGUCGAGAAGUUUCUGAACUCCAAGAUCGAGUUUCAGGAGCUGGACCUGCUGGAUAAACCAGGCCUGGAGAAAAUAUUCAACCAGCACUCGUUCUACGCCGUGAUGCACUUUGCCGGGCUGAAAGCUGUGGGAGAAUCGGUGGAACAGCCGCUACGCUACUACAGGGUGAAUCUCACCGGUACCAUCAACCUGCUGGAGGUGAUGCAAGCCCAUGGGGUACACAAUAUAGUGUUCAGUAGCUCAGCGACGGUGUACGGCGAUCCUCAGAAACUCCCCAUCGACGAGCAGCACCCAGCCGGAGGCUGCACAAACCCUUACGGCAAAACCAAGUUCUUCAUCGAGGAGAUGAUCCGGGAUCAGUGCGAUGCAGAAAAGGACUGGAAUGCCGUGUUGCUCAGGUACUUCAACCCCAUCGGUGCUCACGUCUCAGGCCAGAUCGGUGAAGAUCCACAGGGAAUCCCAAACAACCUUCUACCAUAUGUUGCCCAGGUGGCCAUUGGGAGACGAAAACAUCUCAACGUCUUUGGAAAUGACUACAAGACGAUCGAUGGAACAGGAGUGAGAGACUACAUUCAUGUCGUGGACUUGGCAAAGGGACACAUCGCAGCCCUGAAGAAGCUGAAGGAUAACUGUGGCUGCAAGGUGUAUAACCUGGGAACAGGUACCGGCUACUCUGUGUUACAGAUGGUGAAGGCUAUGGAGAAGGCUUCAGGAAGAGAAAUUGCAUAUGAGAUCGCCCCCCGGAGGGGCGGAGACAUCGCCUCAUGCUACGCAGACCCUCGUCUGGCAGAGAAGGAGCUCGGCUGGAAGGCUGAUUUUGGCCUAGAGAGGAUGUGUGAAGACUUGUGGCGCUGGCAAUCCCAGAAUCCUACGGGCUUCGCUAACGCCACAGGGUAAGGAAACGAAAAUACGCAGACGUGACGACCAGCUGAAACGAAUCCCAACUGAAGCAAAGCCAUAAACCUCCUUUUCUAUUAUAAAUAAAUAAAUAUAUACACACCUUGAUUCAACUUGAAGAAACCUCAUGACACUGCGGAUGCAUUUCUGAACAAUUCUGUGCUAUUUCUAUGUGUUUACAUUAUUAGCAAGCCGACGUCUUGUUAGCUCGGUUUAGAACGUUAGCAUUCCUCAAAGUUAUUUCUAAUCGAAAUAAACUGGGCCAAAUUUAACUUUCUGUUUGUACCUGGACAUGUCGGACUAUAAAGAUUAAAUGAAAUCUUUUGUUUUUUGAAAA